CUCAGUCGAAAACUCCGAGGCGAUAUUUAAAAAGAGAAGGCAAGAGAGGUCCGCGGGCCGGAAGUAAAGGAAGGGGGGAGGAGCGUCGCGAGCAACUUUUUCGUCAGCUGGGCGAGGGGACUGAAGCGAGAGCGAGAGAGGAGAGGAGAGGAGAGCGGAGGGGCGCUCCUCGCCGCCUGAGCGCCUUCGCAGGUGUUGAGGGGGGAAAGAACCGUUGGAGAGCCCGUCAUGGAUUUCCGCGAAGUCCUGAUGAAGGCCUCGGAACAUCAAGGAUCGAGCGCCAUGCCGAAGAGGUACAGUUUGGCGGUUGGCCCUCCCAAAAAGGAUCCAAAAGUUAAAGGUGUUCAGUCAGCAGCUGUGCAAGCCUUUCUCAGAAGGCAAGAAGAGGAACAGAAAAAAAAGGAUCUUAUGGAAAAAAGAAGAAAACAAGAUCUACUGGCUAGGCGCAUAGAAAUGAAACACGACCGAAAAGCCAGAGCUAUGGCUUCACGGACAAAGGAUAAUUUUCAUGGCUAUAAUGGCAUUCCUACUGAAGAGAAGCCUAAAAAGAAGCAGGGUCAUGAAAGUAGAAGUUCUGAAAGCACAGAAUGUAGGACACAGGAUGAAAUGAAUGAAGUAGAUUAUAAUAUGUCAGAGUCUGAGCAGGAAUCAGAAGAAUAUGAAGAGAAACCCUCCAAAGUUUCAGAAAAACCAAAGGUGCUAGCCAAAAGUGCACCUCCAGCAAUGAAUUUUAAUGAUCUUUUAAAGCUGGCUGAAAAAAAACAAUAUGAGCCAGUUGAAAUAAAAGUUGUAAAAAAGACUGAAGAAAGACCAAUGACUGCAGAAGAAUUAAGAGAGCGAGACUACCUAGAGAAGAGAAACAGAAAAGGGGUUAUACUAAAAGAAAAGAGAUCAGAGAAAGAAAUGAAACAUACCGUUCCAUCGGGUUCUUCCAAAAAGGAAAUUUCUCAGAGGGAUUUAGUAAAUGCUAAAGCUAGCAGGCAUUUGACAGACAAACCUGCCUUUUCUAAAGGAAGCAUUCCCUCACAAAAUAAUAACAAUAAGAAAACCAAAGGGCCAGUUUUAAGUGAAAAGCCUUCCAAAUUGGUGUCUAGUUCCAAAGCAAGCCACGCGGAAAAAGUAAAAUCUGCACCAAAAGGGCCUUUAAAAAACCCUCCGCACAAUAAUCACAUUAAACCUGCACCCAGCGGAGGUGGGAAAACUGGAUCUAAGUCCCAAACUCUAGUCUUGAAAACGGCUGCAAAUGGAACUCUCAGACCAUCAUCUAAUAAAGAACUGAGUUUGAAAAAAAAUAGCACCCAUGUAAAAUCAACCAAUGUGGUUUCCGCCCAGCAAGAAACUUAUAAAAAUUCCAGCUCCAAGCAAGCAAGCAACAUUUCAGUUACAGGAGGACCUCCUGCACGAUCAAAGAACAGCUUGAAUUCAGGCCCCGGGCAGCCAAGCCGCAGUUCGAUUACUGGGCAUGGAUCACGUAUCAUGGGACCCAGGAGAUCAGAAAACAGCUCAGGGCAAGGACAGCGAAGCACAGGACCUAGACUGGCCAGUAAUAGUUUAAGCAUGGGAUCUAGUCGACCAAGCAUCACUUCAAGACCAGUUUGUUUAGGCAGUAGCCAAGGCGUAGGACCUGGUCGGCCAAAUUCCAAUGUAAACCCUGGACUUGGAAGGAAUAGCAGCUCAGGAUCGGGUCGGCCAAGUACCAUUACAGCUGGAACUCUAAAACCAAAGUGUACUGUUGUAUCAGAAACAAUCUCAUCCAAAAAUCUGGUUCCAAGACAGAUGAAUGGAAUGAGGCCAUUUCCUAAUCAUAGACCUGGGAUUACCCCACAAGGUUUUCCAAGACCAUCUCUUCCACCUAUUACCAGUAGCUAUAAAAGAAAGUAUGAAGAUGAAGAUGAAGAAGAUUCUGAAAUGGAAGAUUUUAUUGAUGAUGAAGGAGAGCCUCAAGAAGAGAUCUCGAGACAUAUCAAAGAGAUAUUUGGUUAUGAUCGGUCAAAAUACAAAGAUGAAAGUGACUAUGCCUUACGUUACAUGGAAAGUACUUGGAAAGAACAGCAGAAAGAGGAAGCCAGAAGCUUGAGACUCGGAGUACAAGAAGAUCUAGAAGAAAUGAGACGUGAAGAGGAGGAAUUGAAAAACAGGAAGCAAACAAAGAAGUUGAGAACACGUUAACCAAUUUGCCACAGUUUUGGUUUACUGCUACUCUACUAUUUGUUCCAAAGUUUAGCUUUAGUUGUACUCCCAUAUGAAAGAACAAGAAAUCAUGUAGAAGAUAGACAUACAGAAAAUAAGGACUUGGUGCCAGAUUUUACGGUGCAAAGUUCUGCAGGCCUUGGACAAGGAAAAUGUGGGAUAAGAUUUUCUGCUUUUCCUAGCACUCAACACCACUUCCCAUACUGGGAUAUUUUCCAGAGCAGGAUGGGAAUUAGUUACUAGGACAGCCCCAAAAGAGGAAAUUGGGAGAAAAUGUUGGUCCAGCCUUUUCCUUCAGCAGGAAAUUUUUAUUGGAAUUCAAUUCCUAUCAUGAACAGCAAUGAUUUUUCUGUGCUCACAGAGGCAACUCUGGAUCCAAAAUUAUGUUCUUUAGUUUGGCGCUCAAAUAUUGACCUUUAAUAAUUGCCAAGUUUCCUUUUCUGAAACACAUAAAUGCACUAAUGAAGGAUAUUAGUUGUCGUAAAAAUGAAAAUUAAUUAUACUACGAUGUAGAGUAAUUCAAGGAUGCCAGCAGACUGCUGAUUGACUAUGCACUGGCUUACAGCAAGUGGGCCCUAAUAACAGUACUGUCUGUUUUCAUUCCAUAACAAUUAGAAAAAUGUUUAUGUUUUUAUCUUUCAAAAGAGGUUGUAUCCUGAGUCAAGAUUCUUAAGUCACUUUUUCUCUUCCUAUAAAGCACAGAUUUAAAAAUGUAGCCGAUGAUGAUGUUGAAAGCAAUAUUAACAUUUUCUGAUUCCUGCUUGACAAGAUUAUGUAAAAAAAAAACAACCCACUCUAAUAUUACAAAGCUUUGACAUCACAAGCUGAUAGAAACAUGAUGUUCCCUGAAAAUAACUGUCAUGAAUAAGUACAUAGCAACGAACAGUAUGAAGAAAUGAGGCAGCAGCAACAUGGCCGCCAAUAUGAAUUUCCUUCUACCCCCUUGAAAAGAUGUCCUGCUGACACUCAGUCCAGGGCUAUUUCUCCCCACUCUUGAAUUUAGAACCCUUCCUAGUUCUGUGUACAUCAGAUUGAAGUAUCACUGAAAGCCCAGUCGGCUAAUUACUUUCUCUCUUGCAGUGCAGAAAAUUAAUAUGACCUCUAUUAGUGGCAGUCAGACAUUAUUUUAUAAGAAAUAUGACCAAAUAAUUUGUUUGGAUAUGGGGCUUAAAUUUCACUGCCAGUCAUCGUAAUAAAUCAUCUUGGAAAAGACUAGCUUGCAGUGGUUUAUAACUCACUUCUAUGUCUUUGGAUUAAUUUAAAUAUUUAGUUUUUUUAGGUUAACUACUAUGCUUUAUAAAAACUGCAAGGCUUGCCAGUAGAGUUUAUUUCUGCAUUCAUUCAGAUGCUUAUCUACGUUUUAGUAAUUAUAAACAUCUUUCUAGUUGCUUCAUGUAACUGCUUAACAAUGAAAAGAUUUCUAAAAAACCAAAAUUUUAUGGUUUAACAAGUGGUUGUUUUUACUUUUAAAAAAACUUUGGUUGCACACUGAUUUCAAGCUAUGCACAAUAACAGAUGUUCAUUUCAUAGUUGCCGAAGAAUCUCAAAUCAUUCUGUUCUACAAAUAUUGUGCUUUGGAGUUUCAGUUAAAAAUUUAAAUAUCAAGUUCAAUAUUUUUUUAAUUCAUAAAGAAUUUAUGCAAAAUGCAGUAACAAAAUAAAGUCUAAAUAUUUCUUAAAACAUUUCAUGCAAUCCUAGCAAGAAAUUUUAUUUAGUUAAAAGUUAAGUGUAUGACAUUGGAAAUUGAAUAUUCUGGAAAGAAUGUACUAAAGAAUAAUCAGAGAUAAAGAAUAUCAGGAAAGAAAAGAUUUGGCUAUUAAAAUAUGAUAAAGAGGUCAAACUUCAGAAUUAAUACAAAGAAAACCGAUAUUUUUGUUUAUGAAACUGUUGUUUUUCUCAGUUUAGUAAGACAUCAUAUUUGAUGAAAUGAAAUAGUUUAGCAAUUGCUAUAAUUAGCAUGCAAAACUGGAAUUCUUAAAUUUUGGUUUACUGUGAUCACUAAUGCUAUUUUUACAGAACUGUGUAUUGUAAAAAAAACCUACUUUGUUCAGGUGCACUCAUUAAUCUUUUUUAUCCAAGAUAAUGACUGUUGAAACAUGACCAAGUUACUGUUCAUUUUAUAAUUUGAAUGUGGAAGUAUUGAAAUCCUCCUCGGCACCUCUUUGAUAUCUGUGUAGAUGAUGUGCUCAACAAACCUCUGACUUAGCAAAAAAAUUGUAAUUACAAACUUGUGUUCAUUUCUGAAUUUUGGAGAAAAAAAAGUCUCCCCAGUAUACACUGCAUGUUUUGACUGCUUCUUGCAAGUUUAAUUCAAGACUACUGUAUUUCUUAAAUAUUUGGAUGUUGUUUGUCAUAUAGAAGAUAACUGGAAGAUAAUUAACUAGAAGAUAACUUAUAUAGAUCUCUUCAUUUUUAUAUAAUUUAUUGCUUUUUAGCAAGUAUAUUGCUUAUUAAAAUUUACAUAUAGAGAUAUAGUAUGUCAAAGUUAUCUGCCAUUCCAAAGAUAGCAUCCAAAAUUGUAAGUUCUUUUUAUGAUAAAUUGUCUAUUUGCAUUAUUUCACUUUAGGAAAAUAUAGUUCAUUUUUAAAAACUAAACAGAGUCAUAGAAUUACAGCAGUCUAAAAAUCUUAUGUAAAUUGGCUAGUUACUUUGUAAGGGAAGUAGAAUACAAGAGGAUUCUCUUUAAGAUGUAUGAAUCUUUAAAAAAACAACUGGCAUAUGUCAUUUUUGAUUAUAUUAAAUCAAUCUCUACUCCUAAAGGAACUCCCCAUAUGUACCCACAAUCUACUCUGGACUCUUUCCCAACAUUAAUUCUAGGGGCUAUGAAGGGAUUGAAUGCUGCUCUCGCCCUCUCAUUUCAGCUGAUAGAAGCCAUUAGGAGGAAAAUUUAAAUAACAUUAUGUGUGAUUGAAGAAAACUCUAGCUUGAACUGCAGAUUUUGAUCAAUGGUUGGAAGAUGUGCCUUUUAAAAAAAAAUAUAUAAUCUUUCUAUGAAUGUUGGAAGAAAACAAAUAUAAAAUUAAAUUGUGCUGUCAAAGAUGCUGUGUUGCAGCUUGAUAAUAUGAAAUAAAGUCGUUUUACAUCAAGUCCUUCCAGGCCUUGCUUUGCACAACUAGUUAAAUGUUUAUUAAAAUUAAAUAAAAACUUAAGGGCACUUUGUAUUUAUGAAGACUUCAUUUUAUAGUUAUCUUCUAUAUAUUUCAGUUGUACUUAACACUUUUUACAGCAGAAAAUUACCAGAAACAGAAACGUGCAUUGUGAAAACCCCUAGUAAUUUUUUUUUAUUUGUUCUCUCUAAAGCAGAAUCUUAUAAGAAUGUAUAAAAACUUAUUUUUAUAAACUCCCAUUUUUAAAUCUCCCAUAACUACUUAUUUGGCUUGUUCAUUUAUGUAACUUUAAUUACCUUUACAACUAAAGUGCAUUUCUAUAAUAUGCAGCAGGAGACCAAAACACUGGAAAGAAAAUACAGUCUUAAAGUGACUGAGUAAAUAACUUCUUGUAACUAUGUUUGGAUUUCUAUUUGUUUCGUUGAGUCAGAGUGAUACAAUCAAGUGUUAGAUAUAACAGAGGAUACUUUUAGAGUUUGUCCAUCUUACAUUUUUGUUAAAUGUACUAUAUUUAACAGUGUGACAAUUCAGGUAAAAACUGUUAAGCAUAGCUAUUUUUUUCUGGUUCAAUUAAACACUGUUUUUGCACCAAAUACAGUCUGAAACAAAUGAUGUAUAUAAUAAAAUUGCGGACAUUAAAUAUUGCAUUGAGAUUUUUGCUGAUUUGCUUUAAUUUGUAGCAGAUAUUGAGAUGCCAUAGAAUAUCUUUCUAAAAGACUCAUUUCCAAGUAUUUCUGAGAAAAAAAUGGGACAAAGAACUGUAACAUAGUCUAAAAUAACUAAUAAUGGAAUAAUCAAUGUUUUUACAAUGUGCUAAUCGUGUUGAUAAUUGUUAAAUUGCCCAAAAUCUUCCAAGUGACUCUAUAAAAUAUUAUGACUU